AUCAACUGUCUGCAGUGAAUUCAGCUGAGGUAAUGCUCCACAGCAUCACCUGGGAUUAUGAUUUGCAGUGUAUCUGGAAGUGCCUUGCUUCUUCUCUCCUCUGGUCACAAAGCUACUGCAAUAACUCCAAGGCUUGCUAGAGAUUAACAGAAGCCAAUCAGAACUGAACCCACCACUUGAAACCUGAAGGAUGGAUGGCUCAAAAGAGAAGAUCAUCCUGAAUGUUGGAGGAAUCAGACAUGAGACAUACUGCAGCACCCUCCGGACCUUCCCAGGAACCAAGCUCUGCAGCCUCACAGAGCCCAAUGCCAGCACACUAUAUGAUUAUAACCCUACCACCAAAGAAUUCUUCUUUGACAGGAGUGCUCAGCUCUUUGGCUAUGUGUUGAGCUAUUACAGGACCAAACACCUCCAUUGUCCUGUAGACACCUGCAGAUCAGUCUUAGAGGAAGAGCUGGCUUUCUGGGAGAUAAGUGAUGCACAGCUGGCACCCUGCUGUUGGCUGAAGCUGACCAACAAAGACAGCCAGCCAGAGGAAUUUAAUGUUUGGGAUGAGAACGAACAUGCUGAUGACCAGUGCCUUAUAGUCCAAGUGGAAAGAAGGGAUUUCAGCUGGAGGGCCAGGUGGCAGCCAAAGAUCUGGUCUAUCUUUGAAAAGCCCUUUUCCUCUUUAAGUGCCAAGUGCCUGGCAAUUAUUUCUCUGCUGUUCAUCAUUGGAAUCGUCAUCAUAUUCUGUGAGGAGACAAAGGCACAGUACGAGUACUCUGCCGCUAACUUGACCAUUUUCGGCCAUUCCGAUGUGAUCCACAGCAUCCAUGAGCCUUAUUAUCACCAGGCUCCUUACCUGCUCCAUCUGGAGCUGUUCUGUGUCCUCUGGUUCACUUUUGAGUUUUCCAUGCGAUUUUUCUUCUGUCCAGACAAAAAGAAAUUCCUCAGGAAUCCUCUGAAUGUGGCUGAUUUCCUCUCCCUCUUCCCAGUUUACAUUGAACUCUUCACCGCUGAGCAGAUUCAGAAAAUGCCUAACCUAGCGCUUUGGCUGGGUUUUGUCCGUGUAGUCUACCUCUUCAAACUCCUGAAGAUAUUCAAGCUAAUAGAGACCCCUCUGAUCCUGAGAGUCCUGUCCUACACGCUCAAGUCCAUCAUCCGAGAGAUCUGCUUCCUGCUGAUGAUCCUGGCCUUUGAAACCAUCUUCUUUGGUUCUCUCUUUUUCUAUGGCGAGUUGCUGGGUAUUCAUUCUUCUUACCGGGCAGAUUUGCACUUCACAGACAUUAACAUUUGCUUCUGGUGGGCUCUGAUCACGCUAACCACUGUGGGCUAUGGUGACAUAAUCCCUCUAACCAUCUUUGGCCAGGUGAUGGCAGCCUUUGCUGCAAUAUUUGGCAUGUUAACUAUUAUCAUUCCAAUCCCCAUUUUUCUGGUUAAGUUUAAAGGCUAUUAUGCCACUGCCAUAACCAAACAAAAGCUGAAAAUGAGCAAAAAGCAAUAAUGCGAUUGACUUCAGACCAUUGCUGCCUUGGGGCACUUCAGAAUUAAUUCCAGUGUGGUUUGUUUCCACCACUUGUGGGAAGAACACAUGCUCCUAUGAAAAGUCCAUGCCACAUUCAUUAAGACUGCCUCCUUGCUCCUUCGGUGUAUUUCAAAUCAAUGUCAGGUACCCAGACCUAAGUUAUAGCUUUCUAUUUUAGUGGCUAAUGCUCUUUGUGGCCUAUGCCUAUAUCACACAGCACUACACUGACAGUCAGCGUGACCCAACUAGCACUGAAAUCUCACCUAUCCCUCGUCAGAACAAGAUGAGAAAAUUCACUGUGGACAGUUUCAUCAACACACAAGAUGUUGUUGUUUUUUUCCACCAGCAGGAAAAAGCAAUGCUGUUCACUGUGCAAAGCUAUGAGAAGUGAUUCCCAGAGACGGCAGGGAUGAAGGGCUGCACUGAAGUAUAGACCAAGAAUCUGCAACGUGCUAAAUGCUCUCAACCCCAGUGAUGCCAGUUCAAAGUGGGGCCUAACUAGGGUGACCAGACAGCAAAUGUGAAAAAUCGGGAAAGAGGGUGGGGGCGUAAUAGGAGCCUAUAUAAGAAAAAGACCCAAAAAUCGGGAUACCUGGUCACCCUAGGCCUAACAGAAAAAUGUAUAAGGUGCACACCCUGGCAACAGCCUUCUGCACGCUCUCUAGGCCGGAUAAUCAGCUGGUGUAAAUCAGUGCAGCUCCACUGACUUCAAAGAAGCUUUGCUGAUUUACCCCGUCUGAGGAUAUGGGUCUGUGUGCGUCAUAGGGACAAUCACACCUUCAUUUUCAUAGAUACCUUUUUAUGGAGAGAAAUGUGUAGCUAAAAUCUAAGGGUCAGAUCUUGUGCCUAGCAUCUGCACCCAGAGAAGGAUCUUCCACAUGUCAGAUCUCACCGUGCGUGGAAUGGGGAGAGUCAGCUAUCUCAAUGGCACUGGACCCCACCAAGAGGCUUUUACUGAAUCCUGGUGUUGGGAAGGGGGUGAAGAUUCCGUAGAAAGUGAGACAGCCUGCAUUAGGCUGUGGCAGGCUGGGAGGAGAAGAGACAUGUAGGGAUGCACAUUAUCUUCCCGUCAGCCCUGUUACCCAUGGUGGGGAACCUUCCACCUUUAAGAAGGGACCUGGGAUGGCUGCAACUAGAGGAAGUCCUUAUAGUACUUUUUCACAGGAGUCCAUUGGCACAGGAUGUGUGUGUGGAAACGCAGGUGGCAGGGAAUCCAUAAAACUGGAUGCUGACACACAGCUCCUUCU